AUUGUGAUAAUAGAUAUGGGUAAUUUAUGCUUUAUGAUGUGCAAUUAAAAAUUAAAAAUUAAAAUAUUCAUAUUUCAUAUCGGUACCUCUACUUGUCUACACUUUAUUUUAAUAUUGCAAAGAUGAAUCCGUUCGAAGGAAUGGAGAUCUCCGAUGACUGGCAAACACUGUUUAGCAUUAACGAACGGCAACCGUGCCGCAAGUGUUCGAAGUCUAGGAAAUACUUUUGCUACACAUGUUACACUUUAAAUGCCGACAUCGAAAAUAAAAUACCCACGCUUAAGUUGCCGUUCAAAAUCGACAUUAUCAAGCACAGCAGAGAGAUAGCGGGUAAAAGCACUGCGAUACACGCUGCUCUUCUAGCGCCUAAUGAUGUCACUAUUUACAUUUACCCUGACAUGCCUAGGUACACUGAAGACGACAAGGUAAUACUUGUUUAUCCAGGAAAAUCUGCUGUAACCUUACAAGACUUCUAUUCUUCAAAAAAAAAACAGGAGGAUAGUGAAGAAUAUAAUACAAAAAGAACUUCUAGGAAAUUCAUGACACACGCAUUGUUUAUUGAUAGUACGUGGAAUCAAAGUAAUGGAAUUCUGAAGGAUCCAAUAAUAAAAGGACUUCCGUGCAUAAAGCUGCAAUUAAGAUUAUCUCAAUUUUGGAGACAUCAAAAGGGCAGCCCUAGGUGGUUUUUAGCUACUAUUGAAGCUAUCCAUCAACUACUUGUUGAAUUCACAGAAACAGAUAUUGAAGCAAAUGAGCCACCCAAAAAUUAUGAUAAUAUGUUAUUUUUCUUCAGAUUUAUGUAUGAAAAAAUCCACCAACUAUAUGAACAUGAUAAGCUUAAAUCAUAUAGAAGACCUAUGAAUAUAUGAAAUUGUUGCUAUAA